GCGAGCCUUGGGUACCCCCAGCAUUUUUUCCGCCAGAGCUGUUUCCGUUCCUCUGCCCGCCAUGCCCUUCCUAGAGCUGGACACGAAUUUGCCCGCCAACCGAGUGCCCGCGGGGCUGGAGAAACGACUCUGCGCCGCCGCUGCCUCCAUCCUGGGCAAACCUGCGGACCGCGUGAACGUGACGGUACGGCCGGGCCUGGCCAUGGCGCUGAGCGGGUCCACUGAGCCCUGCGCGCAGCUGUCCGUCUCCUCCAUCGGCGUAGUGGGCACCGCCGAGGACAACCGCAGCCACAGCGCCCGCUUGUUUGAGUUUCUCACCAAGGAGCUAGCCCUGGGCCAGGACCGCACUUUUCCAGGCUGGUCAGAAGGAAUUCUGGGUAUGUUCUGAAGUUAUGUAUUUUGGACCUAUGGCCCAGCGACGUUCCAGGUGAGGUUCACGGGAGACUCACAGAGUAGUGAAAGAGCAUUGGCCUGGAUGUCUAGACAUCUGCUUUCUGGGUCCUGCAUAGCUGGGGGACCCCAGACAAACUUGGAAAUGAACCAUCUCCAGUUGGCAACCUCCUCUUUUGUGAAAACAGGGGAAAAGACCUCCCUCCCCCACAAGAAGCCUCUACAACCCAAACCUGGCGUUCUGUGACCGAGUUAAAGUUUCCUCUUGGGUAAAAGAUAUUCUUGAGCCUCAUCCAUGCCUAGGAAGAAGUAAGGGCAUGAGAAGCUUGAAAGGACACUGUCCAGGCACUGUGGCUUAUGCCUGUAAUCCCAGCACUUUGGGAGACCGAGGCGGGAGGUUCAUUUGACCCAGGAGUUGCAGACCUGUCUGGGUAACAUAGUGAGAUGCCAUCCCCUAAAACAGUUUUAAAAAUUAGCCAGACAUGGUGCUGUGCACCUGUACUCUCACUUAGCUGGCAGGCUGAAGUGGGAGGAUGGUGUCAGCCCAGGAGGCUGAGGCUGCAGUGAGCUAUGAUUGCGCCUGUCAGUGAGACCUUGGCUCAGAAUAAAAGACCUUCCGAAAUGGAGCCUUUGUUAGUCCAUGAAGGCCGAUGAGGAAUGGCUGAUCCUGCUGGGUCCUCCCUCAAGCUACAGAGGAAUAAUACAGUCAGCCCCCUGUAUCACUGGGUUCCACAUCUGUUGAUUCAAACAGCCAUGGAUUGAAAUAUUAGAGGAAAAAAAUUGAUAAUUGCAUCUGUACUGAAAAUACAUAUAGACU